GGCACGGCACGGCUCCCAUGCACACGCCCUCCGCGCUGCCGGAUCCCCGCGGCCAGCGGCACGAUGUCGUGGUACCCCCAAUACCGCAGCUCCAAGUUCCGCCACGUGUACGGCAAGGCUGCCAGCAAGGAGAAGUGCUAUGACUGCGUCCCCAUCACACACAAUGUCCAUGACAACCACUUCUGUGCUGUGAACCCCUACUUCAUUGCAGUGGUGACUGAGUGUGCAGGCGGAGGAGCCUUCCUCGUCAUUCCCAUCCACCAGACAGGCAAGCUUGACCCACACUAUCCCAGAAUAUGUGGGCACAAAGGGAAUGUUCUGGACAUCAAGUGGAACCCAUUCAAUGACUUUGUAAUAGCUUCCUGUUCAGAAGAUGCCACAGUUAAAAUCUGGGACAUCCCCAAGCACUUGCUGACAAGAAACAUCACCACUCCGAAGAAGGAACUUCUUGGGCACGUUCGAAGAGUGGGCCUCAUUGAAUGGCAUCCUACUGCUAACAACAUCCUCUUCAGCUCUGGCUAUGACUACAAGAUAAUGAUUUGGAACCUUGACUCCAAGGAUGCUGUCAUCUCAAACCCUGUGAAGAUCCUCGAUAUUCACAAAGAUGUGGUGCUUUCCAUGUCAUUCAACACAGAUGGCAGUCUCCUCGCCACAGCCUGCAGGGACAGAAAGAUACGUCUGAUAGACCCUCGUGCAGGAACAGUCCUCCAAGAAGCCAGCUACAAGUCUCACAAAGUCAAUAAAGUCUUGUUCCUUGGAAACAUGAAAAAGCUGUUCUCUACUGGAACAUCUCGGUGGAAUAAUAGGCAAAUAGCAUUAUGGGAUCAAAAUGACCUUUCUGUGCCUUUGCUGGAGGAGGAUCUGGAUGGCUCCUCAGGACUCCUGUUUCCUUUCUACGACUCAGACACACACAUGCUUUAUGUGGUAGGAAAAGGUGAUGGAAAUAUUCGGUACUAUGAGAUAAGCCCUGAGAAACCAUACCUGAACUACCUGAUGGAAUAUCGUUCUCAUCUACCACAGAAGGGAAUUGGAACGAUGCCAAAGAGAGGGCUUGAUGUGUCAUCUUGUGAGAUCUUUCGUUUCUACAAACUGAUCCCAACUAAAAACCUGAUUGAGCCCAUCUCCAUGAUAGUGCCUCGACGGUCGGAGUCGUACCAGGAAGAUAUCUACCCCAUGACCACAGGAGCCCAGCCAGCCCUGACAGCACAAGAAUGGCUGAAGGGAGUUAACAAAGGGCCCGUCUUGGUAUCCUUGAGACCAGGCUCUGGAGAUGUGAAUUCCUUACCACAGUUUUUUGAGCCAGAGCUAGUUGUGGAAAUGCAUGGCCUUAGCCAGAACCAGGGUGAAGGAGAAGAGAUUCCAGCAGACAACACGCAGAAGCCAAGUGAGAUUGCAGAUGGCAGAAGACAGAUUAAACUGGAGGAGAAAUCACUUGAGAAGGAGCAAAUGUGCCUCACCAAUGGCUUUGACGUGUUUGAGCACCCACCACCAAAAACUGAAAGUGAGCUUUUGCAGAUGCUUUAUCGGCAACAGGAUGAAAUUCGUAGACUCCGUGAGCUGAUAAACCAGAGAGACAUCCAAAUCAAACAGCUGCAACUGGAGCUCAGAAAUGUCUACACGGACACAGGCAGAUACUGAGAGUGCUGGCCUUCUUAGUUUUUUUUUUUUUUUUCCUGGGGGGAAACAACUGAUCUUUUGGGCAGCAUGCAAUGGUUGCAUUUCCCUGAUGAUCACCAGAAGACAGUUACUGAUGGACUUGUGGCACUUCUUCAGGCCCCUCUUGCUUGCUUGCUCACUCAUGUCAGAAGCUCAUGCACUGAUGCUAAGGAGAAACUGGAAGAUCUUACGGUCCUGGAGAAGACACCUGUUAAACUCUAGGAGCAACCUGUUUUCCUGCCCUUCAUAUAACAUGGAUGGAGACUGAAGGCAGCUGUCAGCUUCUUUUCCCACCCUAGCACCCUAUGUUGUGGCUCCUGUGGCAGCUGUCCUCUUGGCAGGUGGGGGUUGGUCUCUUCUCCCAGACAACCAGCAACAGAACGAGGAGACACAGUCUCAAGUUGUGCCGGGGGAAGUAUAGGCUGGAUGUUAGGAGGAAGUUCUUCCCAGAGAGAGUGAUUGGCAUUGGAAUGGGCUGCUCAGGGAGGUGGUGGAGUCACCGUCCCUGGAGGUGUUCAAGAGAAGACUGGAUGAGGCAGUUAGUGCCAUGGUCUAGUUGAUUGGAUAGGGCUGGGUGCUAGGUUGGACUGGGUGAUCUUGGAGGUUUCUUCCAACCUGGUUGAUUCUAUGACUAUGACACCACUCUGCAGCUAAGUUUCAGAAGGCCCUCUAGCUCCACAGUAUUCCUCCUGCAAUCCUCUUGCCUCACAUCUUGGCCCUGCAGUCAGGUGGGUAGGCAAAGCUGUGGCUGCCCUGACCUGGGGUGCUGGGGAUAGUCCCUCUCUGAGUAGGAGGCUGCACUGAGGCUGCCAAGGGGCAGCACUUCUGUGGAUAGGUAAAGGAGAGUUGGUGUUUGGAGGUCCCACUUUAAAGGAGGAGUGCUGUGGGCUGGUUCUCACCAGAGAAGCUGCAGGUGCAGCAGUAGUCUCUGGGUCCUUUGAGUCAGUGGCUUCCUUCCUUCCUUAGCUGGGGAUCAUGGUCCUGUGAUGCUUACUAGAAAAGGGGGACAUUUAAAGCUGCACACUCUUAGCAACAGAGGGCUUGCUAAGAGGGAUUAAAAGGUAGAGAGAGGAGUGGGACCCCCAGUUCACUGCAGACCUUUCAGCAAUGGUGCUAGAAAGCAUGAUGUCAAGCAUGGGAGGAUCAUGAAACUGUGACUGGCCCUCCCUGGCUGCUAGGCUGUUGUUGCUCCUGGUGCACACAGCUGCUGCUUCCUUAGCUCCCAGGUGCCACCUCCUUGUCCCAUGCCUGCAGCCACUUAGAGCUGCAAGAUCCCUCUUCCUAGCUGUGUUCCCUGGCUCCCUGCCUCCUCUAGGGCUGCCCUAUCUGCUCAAACCCUGCAGUUGCACACAUCUGUGCUAUUCUGCAUCGCCUCUCUAGAUCCUUGCCUUCCCCAGCCCUUUGCUUAGUAUAAGAGCAACUGCAGGCUACAGGUCCCAGCUUUGGAUUCAGGACUGGCAACUGUGGUCAGUUUCAUGCAGUCUGCUUGCAAAGUGCAGAGCUGGACCAGCAGCAGCACUGAGGGAGCGUGCAGACCUGCCUGUCUUGUUAGUGCCUGGGGUUCUCUUAUUUCUUUCUGUGGUGUGGGAUAAGAGAGGGCAGAGAUUUCCCAGGGCCUGAGCACAACAGCAGCAGGGUGGGGGGAACAUCUUGCCUUGCCCCAAAUGCAGAGCUUGUGGACAUGUUCUAAAUCCAAACAGCAAGCAACUACUGCUCAACCUGUAACUGUGCCCUUCUAUUGUGACACGUGUAUAAAUGCUUACCAUACCCUGACAGUUCCCUGAAGCCUGAUGAUUUUUUAGAGUCUAAAUAAAAUGUGUUCUGAAGUCAGAAAUUGCCACAAGCAGGACUCCUUAGCAAAGGGAACUAAAGGCUGUGCACUGCCUGUGCUCAAGAGAGAUGUCUCUCUGAUUAUCCCUGAAAGCAACAGCCAUCAGGGAGCUCUUGGACACUGAACACUCUUACAUGAGAAGCACACAAAUCUUUGGCAUCCUUUUGGGUCUGCUGCAAAGACUUCAUAUAGCCUUCAAAAAAUACUUUGUUCAUUUCUAUGUAACAACAGCAGAUGUUGAUGCUUGAAGUCACGAAUACUGUUGUUUUCUUCUGCAGCAUUCAGAGAUGGGGUAGUUGCUUAUGUUCUCCAGAAAGAAUCCUUUAGCAUCAGUCACUGACAGUCACUUGUUUAACACUAGGAGUUUUUUGUAAAAUAUAUAUACACACACACAUUUAUAAAUUAAAGUGUUGAAACAAACUUAAUCUCAUUUCAGAUCCUCUGCUCUGUAGUUGCCUGCAAAAGCAGCUCACCCCAGAUAUGGAACUUUAAUCCAAACACAUCAAUCUGACAGCAGAAGUAGCCAGGCUUUCGCACCAAAGAGAAGAGCUGAGUAAGAUAGUGAGAAGCUCACAGUUUUUCAGCCACGUCUACAGGCCUGACAUCUUCAAAGCUAUUUUCACAGAGACUAGACCCAGGGAUGUGACACUGGUUUUCAAGCUAUCAUUAUCAGGAGAGAGAGCACUUAACAUAGCCUCAGCAGUCCAGGGGAUACAGUACUUUCCUUGCCACUAAUUGUGUUUUGUUUGCUGGAUUUUUUCCCCUUCUGCUGCCUCUCCCUCCCCCUCCCCCCCCCCCCCUCCCCCCUUAUUUUCUUACAGAAUAAAUUAUUUAAAUUAUUUCCAAGUUAGAGUAAUUUUCCCCAGAAGAUUAAAAAACCCUCUUGUGAACUGUUUCUUUGGUAUCCUAUGACUGACUAGCAUAGCAAAUUGUCACCCUCCCUCCACCAUCCCCCAUGGUUCUUAGGCUUGUGUUGAUUUUAGCAUUUCUGGAAAAGAAGUUGCUUUCAUUUAGGCUUUGCUGGCACCAUUUGAUAAGGUGGUACUAUUUAAUCAAAACUUCCUUUUUUGUUUUUUGACAGUAUGCCCAUAAAAGUGUAGACCGUGAUAUGUAUUUCAAUUUGGAAAUCUAAAUGCAACCAUAAAAAACGUGGAGGAAAUGGAGUUAUGUGUUAAUUAACUGUGCCCAAAUAGACCUAAGUAAUCACUUGAACAGUUUCUAAAAUUCCUAGGAGCUUUGUAAAAAAAACAAAACACAAAACAAAAUUGUAAAACAUGGGGAUAAAAUCCAAAUUUGUGCAAUGAAAAGCAAAUAUAACUGAAUAAUAAAUAUAUUUAGAGUUUUACAUUUUGAUACAUGAAAGGUUGUUGGCUUCUUAUUGUUGUUGUAUUGUUGAAGCAGCUGAAAAAAGCAAGCUUGAC